UCCGUAAUAAACAUCAGCGCUACAGAGCACAGUAUGAGGUAACGCAAUGCUCAGCCCAACGAGGUCAUGUUGUCGUUUAAUGUGGUGUUAGACGGGUGUAAUUGCGCCGAGAGGAAGUGAUACAUGCUUAGAGGGGUUAUAACGUUUUAAUGACGCAGUCGUAAUGCGCUCAGCUGGAUAGAAAGGUCGCUCCUCCACAGCUGAAGCUGCCAGUGUGAACGCCUCAGCUGAGCCCAGCUGCUGCCUGGAUCCCUUAUUACAAUCUACAGAAAGUGAACCAGUGUGUCUCCUUCUAAAAUGAGCCGGGACGUUCCCAUCCACAGCUGGCCCGGCUCCUAUUACAUCAACAGUGAGAAGCGGUGGGAAAAUGGCACCCUGUCCCUCACCAGGACCAUGGUGCGCUUCGUCUCUAACCAGAGCAAGGAGAGUCUUGCCAGUUUCCGCCUGUCAAAGAUCAUGGAGAUCAAGAUGGAGUCGUCCAGCUUCAUCUUCAGCACUCUCACGGUGCUCGAAGAAGGCAAUGUGAAACACUGGUUUGGCUCCCUUAAGCCCAACAGGGUGGUGGUUUAUAAUGUGUUGGAGCAUUUCUGGAGGGAGCGCCUUCUCUCGCCCAGCUCAGAGGCCCGGGGGGCAGAGUGUCAACCCUCAAAAGGCAGAGAGCUGAUCAACCUGGUGGCAGGGGCACAGAGGAGACUGGAGGACACUGGGAGAGUCCUCAGCCACCAAGGAGAGCAGUUUGACAAUAUGAUGCAGGGGCUGGAGAAGAUUGACUCUGAUCUGGGCGUGGCUGAUAAACUUUUGUUAGAGCUGGAGUCUCCCUCCUGGUGGCCUUUUGGUAAACUCCCCUGGAAGACUCAGCAGGACGCCAAGGCUGAAGAUGCUGCAAGAGCUGCAGCUGCUGCAGCCUCUGCAGCCAACAGAGGGUCUGUCAGACAUAAGGUGAUCGCAAGCAUCCCAGCUGUAGUGAGCAAAGGUGGCAGCUCGGACUUAAAACCCGGAUGCUUGCUGGUGCUGGUGUCCUCUCUGGAGGUGCGAGACACAAACUGCCAACUCCUCCAUCGCUUCGAGCGGAAUGAAAUUGACGAAAUCAGAGUGCACAGUCCGUAUGAGAUCACUGUUAGACAGCGGUUUAUCGGGAAGCCGGACAUAUGCUACAGGUUCCUGUCUGCCAAGAUGCCAGAGGCGAUGUCAGUGUUAGAGAUGCAGUACAAAAAGAAAGUGGAGUUCACUAGUGAAUACAGUGCUUUCAAAGCAACUCCACUUUCAUCUCCGUGCGACACAGAGGGGCCAAACUGGAAUGAAGGUUUGCUGCAGAGGUGCCAAGACACAGAGCUCCCGCUGGCGGUCCCAGCAGGGGAGCUGUCCCAGUUGCAGGUGCACGUCCUCCAGCCAUCUGUCAGUCAGGCUGAGGCCCAGGAACUCAAACAGAUGCUGAUGCAGCUGAAGAACCUUGCCCUGGAGGCAGAGACGGAGCUGGAACGGCAGGAAGAUGUCCUGGACGACCUGACCAGCUCCACUGACCGAGCCACCAUGCACAUAGAGAAGCACACCUGUCGCAUGAAAAGACUGUUGUAGCUCUGAGAGUCCAGCGGACACAUGCGGCCACCAUGUCCCUCCUGGGAAGAGCACUGUAAGCUUCCUCAUUGUCCUCACGGGAUUAGUAUAAUGUGAGAACAGCAGAAUGCAACCGCAGGGACUUGAAUAUACUCGAAAUAGUUGGUAGGAUUUUUGUUGCUUAAAAAGCACAUAAUCGCUCGGGUUCAAGUGUCAGUGGUUUGUGGGAAGUGCAGCAGUGUUCGUUUAGUACUCAACACGUUCACCAAAAUCCCUGAAAUCUGACAUAAUAACUUUAAAUAAGGACAUAUCCAAGUAUGUCUCAACAAUGGUUCUGUCUUUAAGAGAAAUUAAGUGUAGGCAAAUACAUUUCUGUGAGUAAACCCUUUUAUGACAAUAUACAUUAGUCUUUUUUUAUUCCAUGAUUUUAUUUGAAAUAAUUUAAAUGCAUAACGGGAUAAAUAAGCCAUUUUUAUGAAGGGUAGAGUCUGUGCUCGGGACUCGAAACUCACUGGCUAUUGGACUGACGACAAAAGAGUCUCUGGGGGCAAUGGCUGAUAUUUCUGUGGUCCUGGUGUAGCCAGUGGAUUUCCAGGCCAAGACUUUCUCUUUCUAUCUCUCUCUCUCUCUCUAUUUACAGUUCGAUUAGCAACUUGAGAUAGGUCCAAAUGAUAUAUGAAUGCAGAUUAAAAGUUUUAAAAAGCCAAUAAAAAACUGUCAAAUCGCCAAAUAGCCAGUGGGUUCCAAGAUUGCAGCGUUCUGCCUGUUUGUCUGCAGGCAACCAAAACCUGCUUAAACAUGAGUGGUAAAUACUACUCUGACUACAAAGGGAAACCAGAAUACCAAAAUAUUGUCCUGUUGCCUAAUAAGUCUGCACACAUAUGCAGAUAUCUGUUUAUAGAGAUUAGUGCGCUGCCCUCUGAAUGUGUGUCACUAAGCAGCCGUGCCUAGCAUUGACUGGCGGCUGCACAACAUUUUGAAAACACAUUUUUGUCUUUUUUUUUUUUUUUUUU